AUCUGGCAGCCAUCAGAUGAUUGAGCUCGCCCAUGACGACGGUUGGCAACGGCAGACAAGUUUACUUAACUGAUAAAGAGAUCAAUUUUAUCGUAAAUAUCGUCAUACAAGCUCACAUAAGUUCGGAAUAUGUAGGCAAUACACAUAUACAAACAAUGGUAAACUAUAAGUCAAUUUAACCAAGAAAACUUCAAGUGCCAGACACCAACACACCGGGAACACAACAACAAACCUCCCCAAAAAGUUUUCCAACCCAGGGAAUGAUAACAUCGAUACCUGGGCACUGUAUUUAUGAGAGGUGGAAGAUGGUAUAAUAUGUGUUGACUGAGAAUACAAAGUGUGACCAUCAUCAUCAUGGCCAAGGCUCCCAAAACAGGUCUUUUUUCUUACAGCAACCUUGUCCACGCCAUAGCUGGAGGAUGUGGAUCUGCAGUGGCAAUGUCUGUGCUUUUUCCACUUGACACCGUCAGAACAAGAUUACAGCUGGAGGAAGGCAGAACCAGCCGCAACACCUUUUUCAUUAUGGCCGAGGUGUACAAACAGGAAGGACUUGCUGGCUUGUACCGUGGUCUGCUACCUGUGAUAGAAUCCUUAUACUGUUCCAACUUUGUCUAUUUCUACACCUUCCAUGGACUGAAACGAAUAGCUAAUGAAGAUAAAGCUGCACUACGAGACCUCCUACUGGCUAUGGUCGCAGGAUCAAUUAAUGUAAUGACCACCAAUCCACUCUGGGUUGUGAACACUCGCUUGAAAAUGCAAGGUGCCAAAGUUCACAAUAGUCAACAUGCUGCCUCUCGCAAGUAUAAGGGUUUGCUAGAUGGUUUGGCACACGUUGGACGAGAAGAGGGGCUGGCUGGCCUGUGGUCUGGUGCAACCUCCUCCCUGAUUCUUACUGUUAAUCCAGCCAUCCAAUUCAUGGCCUAUGAAGCUAUGAAGCGCCAAAUGCAAACUGUGUACAACUCCCAGCAACUAAACUCCCUGGUGGUGUUUGGUGUUGGUGCAGCAGCCAAGGCUCUUGCUACAGUCCUCACUUACCCCAUCCAGCUGGUGCAAGCCAAGCAGAGGCAUGGCCACAACUAUGAAGGCGUACCACAGAAGGCUGGCCUCAUCACCAUUAUGAUGUAUAUAAUCAGAAAGUAUGGAUUCAGAGGCUUGUUCAAGGGUCUGGAGGCCAAGAUUCUACAAACAGUGUUGACAGCAGCACUCAUGUUUGUCUGCUACGAGAAGAUUGCUGGUUUUGUGUUUGCUAUUCUGGUGGGUAACAGGAAGACAGUGAUGAAGCAAUAACCUGUCACUUAUCUAGUCAUUCCAUUCAGGAUAUUAUGGUUCUGACAAUAUGAAGUUAUUUACUGGGUAUUGUUCCACAUUGGUGAGACUGGUAAGUAAAUUGAGCUUGAACUUUAGUCACCUGUAAUGUGCAUCAUUGUGUUAACCAAAACACAGAUUUAAUUUAUAUUUAGUCCAUAUGUUAGAUAUUUAACACUAUACUGUACAUGUCAAGCAUAUCCUAUUCAUUAGAUUAAAACUGGCAAUUUGACAACCCCCUUUCUUUUGUAGUUCCCAGAAACAGUGACCAUAAAAGCAUUAGUUGGGGACACUAAUGGUAAAAUUUUAUCUUGAUAAUAUAAUUUAAAUACUUAAAUUAAAACUUAAAUGUGAAACUGUGUAUAGAGGCCAGCUGGGGUAGAGAGUAAUGAUUAUGGAAUAUAGCAGCAGGAGUGCCUGCCAUUUCAUCCCCAUAACCCCAAUUAGGCUAAGAGUACUGUAGUAACAGUUAAAGCUGUCACAAUUUCAGCACAUUCUUUAAAUUAGUCACCUAUCUCACUAUUUGUUCUAACCAUUGUGUUUGGUAGGCAAGGCACUGGUGAAGUCAACAACUUAUUUUUUAAUCAGAGGCAAAUAUCACUAGCUGUAUGUUUUCCACUCAUAGGGUUAUUUUACAGUUUUUAGUUCAUUGAAAACAAACAAGCCCAAGUAAAUAUGGCACAUGGGAAAACUGACACAGCAGAGACUGAAUGUUAAGUGUUCUAAGGCUCCCUAAAGUAAAGGUAGUUUGCCACUGUUGCAUGCAUGUCAUGAAAGUUUUUUAAAAAAUUCAUAAUCAGUUUUUUUAUUAAAUAUAUGUAUCAUUCCUCUGUUUAUAAGAAGUGUGUGCAUGAUUAUAUGUAUAUGCCUUAUCCAUAACCAGGUGAUGAAACCAACUAAAAACAGUGGUAAAUAUGAA